AUGCUGCCUCCAGGGCGCAACGGCUCUGCUGACCCCGCGCGGUUCGGGCUGCAGCAGCAGCUGGCGCAGGCGGGCACAGUCGGGGGCUCGGCGGGGGCGGCGCCUAGGGGGCCCGCGCAGGUGGUCACCGCCAGCCUCCUGACCCUGCUCAUCGUCUGGACCCUGCUGGGCAACGUGCUGGUGUGCGCAGCCAUCGUGCGCAGCCGCCACCUGCGCGCCAAGAUGACCAACGUCUUCAUCGUGUCUCUGGCCGUGUCCGACCUCCUUGUGGCGCUGCUGGUCAUGCCGUGGAAGGCGGUCGCCGAGGUGGCCGGUUAUUGGCCCUUCGGGGCAUUCUGUGACGUCUGGGUGGCCUUCGACAUCACGUGCUCCACCGCCUCCAUCCUGCAUCUGUGCGUCAUCAGCGUGGACCGCUACUGGGCCAUUUCCAGGCCCUUCCGCUACGAACGCAAGAUGACGCAGCGCCUGGCCCUGGGCAUGGUGGGCCUGGUCUGGACCUUGUCCGUCGUCAUCUCCUUCCUCCCAGUGCAGCUAAACUGGCACCGGGACAAGGCGGGCUCCGGGGCCAGGGCGCACCUGCCGUCCCGCGUGGCCAACACGACACCCUGGGAGGAGGCGGGGGAUCUGGAGGCGAGGGCGGAGAAGUGUGACUCCAGCCUGAACCGGACUUACGCCAUCUCCUCCUCGCUCAUCAGCUUCUACAUCCCGGUGGCCAUCAUGGUCGUGACCUACACGCGCAUCUACCGCAUCGCGCAGGUGCAGAUCCGCCGGAUCGCCUCGCUGGAGCGCGCGGCGGAGCACGCGCAGAGCUGCCAGAGCCGCGCGGCCUGCGCGCGGGACACCAGCCUGCGGGCGUCCAUCCGGAAGGAGACCCAGGUGCUCAAGACCCUGGCGGUGAUCAUGGGGGUCUUCGUGUGCUGCUGGCUGCCCUUCUUCAUCCUCAACUGCACGGUUCCGUUCUGCGCCGGAGACCCCGAGGGCCGGCGCGCCAGCUUCCCGUGCGUCAGCGAGACCGCCUUCGACGUCUUCGUGUGGCUGGGCUGGGCCAACUCCUCGCUGAACCCGGUCGUCUACGCCUUCAACGCCGACUUCCGGAGGGUGUUCGCGCAGCUGCUGGGGUGCGGCCACCUCUGCUCGCGCACCGCGGUGGAGACGCUGAACAUCAGCAACCAGCUCCUGUCCUACAACCAAGACACGGCCUUCCCGCAGGAGGUGGCGGCUGCCUCUGUCCACGCAAUCCCCAACGCGGUGAGCCCUGGGGCCGCGGGGGGCGACGAGGAGGAAGAGGAGGAGGAGGAGGAGGAGGAGGAGGGGGAGGAGCGCCCCUUCGACCGUGUGUCCCAGAUCUCCCAGAGGUCCCCAGAUGGAGACCCGGCUGCCGAGCCAGUGUGGGAGCUGGACUGCGAGGAGGAGAUUUCCUUAGGCAAAAUAACGCCUUGCACCCCCAAUGGAUUCCACUGA